AUGUUAAAGUUCACUACAGCCCUUCUCCUGGGCAUUGUCAGUGCCAAGAUCUACCCUUUACGUAUCCUUUACGGUGAGGGUGAUCACCGAACGUAUUUCUUCAUACCAACUAACGAGGAAUAUGAGAUAGUUCAUCGUCAAACCGGCCUUUACUCCUUUGAAACACUGAGGCAUUCCAAGGUGAGAGCUCGGCCCAUCGGCUUACAUUGGGCCUUGGUUACUGAACCCCAAGCUGAGAAGGUUGCAGUUGGUGCGACCAUCCUUGCCUUGGACAAGCAUGGGCUGACGGAACAGUUCACAGUUGAUAUUGGUAGAGACGACAAGAGGUGCUUUGAGAACCUAGAGUUCGUCACAGAAGAGAGAGGAGGGACACAGAUGGUCACUAGUGAGAUGAGAUUCAAAUUGAAUGAAAUGCAAGCAGAUCUACAGCGACUUUGUACAACCAAUGGAUUAAGAACCCUCACGUCUGAAGAGUACUUUAAUUACAGCAAACUGCUACCUGGCAAGUACGUGGGAGAAAUGAAAGAUGAGAUCAAGGAGGAAGUGAAACUGGGGGAAAAUGGGGACCUCGAGUCGCUGAUUGGGGUGACUAGAGUGGAUAAGAACUUUUCUGGCAGCAAGCGUAUUCAAGCUGGUGGUUUCCUCAUAUCCCAAAUUCGUUUCCACAAUACAAGUACAACAGAAUGGAACGAUCUCUAUUUGAUUCUCACACGAGCACCAGGCAAACUCGGGCCGUUGAGGCAGUCUAAAGAAAGUCUAUUGAGAGCAUUCAUACGACAAGGGGGUGAGUCUUUCGGAAAGGAUAAUAUCCAUUCUUGGUAUAUGGCGUUGAUCUUUAGUGACAAGUGGAACAUGUCCAAGCAGGAGAAGAUCGCCGCAACGGCCGCCUGUAAAGAGGAAGUGAAUCACUAA